AUGGCAUAUACAACUGAUAGUAUUGACUACUCUGAUGCUGCUAUACCUGACAUAUUAAAAUCACCACAUAUAUUGGCAUCAAAUAUCGAUCGAUCUCUCUCUUCAACAAGAUCAAAAAUGAGUGUUAUUGAAGAAGAAGAAAUUUUAAUGAAAACUAAUUAUGUUGCACGAAUCUUAAAGAAUGAACCAGAAUUAUUACCGAUAACUAAAUCAAAUUGGUACAAAGAAAUUCAUUGGUCUCAAGCAAUAUUUCUCUGUAUUGAGCCUUUCAUCGCUCUUUAUGGCAUUAGUACAACAUCCGUAGUUUGGCAGACUGUUGCCUUUGCUUUAUUUUGGUAUUCACUUACUGGACUUGGUAUUACUGCUGGUUAUCAUCGUCUUCUUGCUCAUCGUUCAUACGAGGCAUGUUUGGGUUUACGUUACGCACUAGUGACAUUAGCUGCUGGUGCUUUUCAAGGAUCUGCUCUAUGGUGGGCAAAACGACAUCGUGCACAUCAUCGUUAUACAGAUACUGAUCUUGACCCGUAUAAUGCUCACAAAAGUAUUUUUCAUGCUCAUAUCGGAUGGUUAUUAUUCAAACCACGUCGAAAUCUUCCACUAAUUGAUAUUACGGAUCUUGCUCAUGAUGAAAGUGUUCAAUGGCAACACAAAAAUUUUAUUGCAUUAGCAAUGAGUAUGACUUUCUUUGUACCUACACUCGUAUGUGGACUUGGAUGGAAUGAUUAUCGUGGUGGUUUCUUUUUUGCUAGUGUACUUCGUCUUGUAAUGCUUCAUCAUUCAACGUUCUGUGUUAAUUCACUUGCACACUAUUUAGGUGAUAUGCCUUUCGAUGAUAAACAUACACCUCGAGAUCAUUUUAUCACUGCACUUAUCACUGGUGGUGAAGGUUAUCACAAUUUUCAUCAUGAAUUUCCAUCUGAUUAUCGUAAUGCAUUGAAAUGGUUUCAAUAUGAUCCGACGAAAUGGGUCAUUUGGAUUGCUAUGAAAUGUGGCCUCGCUUCCAAUCUCAAGAAAUUUCCAGAUAAUGAAAUUCAAAAAGGUCGCUAUACUAUGACAGUCAAAGCAUUAAAUGAAGUGAGAGAUAGUAUUGCAUGGCCCAAAGAUCGAACACAAUUACCCAUUAUUUCUUUUGAAGAAUAUCAACAAAUGUCGAACGGAGAUGACGGUCGUCAAUUUGUCUUGAUUGCUGGUUUUGUUCAUGAUGUUACCGAUUUUAUUGACUCUCAUCCUGGUGGUCGAGCUCUACUCAAAACACACAACUUACUCGCUAUGAUGCGAGUAGCUAUAUGUGAACAAGGUGGUGAAGUUGAAUGUCUAAAGAAGCAAUUGUGA